GCGGGGGCAUCUAAUGCCGAACGUACAUUUAAUACCGAACAAAACAUGAUAUCCGCUAAUUUGACGAGAUACUUGAUUUCUGCACCAAAGUGAUGUCAUACAGAUGACGUCACAUCCUUCCUUUCGUCAACAAAACCACUGGUAAGUGUUGAACGUGCGUGUAUUUGAAUUUACAUUCAUUUCAAUAAAACCUGUCUUUUUUCCGAUAUGUCGUACCAAAUCCGUAACACUAAAGCGCCAAGUUCAUAAGAAUGUUAAGACUUUGAAUUUACGUAUUUUAAUGAAACCUAGACAUAUUUAUUAACCUGUAAACAUGUGUCUAAACAAGGGAAAGCACUUGCGAUUAACAAUUAUUGUAACUUUACAGAGUUACAAAGGUGUUCGGUAAAAUGUGCACAUGUGUCCACGAAGAACUCUAUUACCGAACAAUUAAAUUUUCUAUUGCACAGAAUAAUGACUGCAUUGAAACUUAAAAAAUAAAUGAAUAAAUAUAUAAAUAAAAAUAUGAAAUAUUUGAUGAAAAGAUCUAGAUCUACUCAUUUAAAAGAUUAAAGAUUAAAUAUUUUGUUUUACAGGUUUUUAAUAAUAGAAGAAAUGAGUCGUCAAGUAGGUGCAAGAAAACGCCAGAAAUAUGACACCAAUAUUAUUGAAAAAGUUGUACCUUUAAUAAGGAACAAAUCCAUAAGUAUGAGCCGUGCUUCUAAAGAAUAUGGUAUUCCUAAAUCAACUCUGCAUGAUCAUGUACAUAACAAGUAUCAAAACCAUUCUGUAGGUGUUAAGCCAGUUCUGUCUAAAGAGGAAGAAGAGAGAGUGGCUAAGUGGGCCGUGCAUAUGUCUAAAAUUGGGUUUGGUCGGACCCGCCAGGAGCUUGCUUUGACCAUAAAGAAGAUAAUUGAUGAAGAUGGCAGACCAAACCCAUUUAAGGAUAAUAAACCUGGAACAAGAGGUAAAGACUUUCGUAAAUACAUAGAGGAUGAAGUUGGCGACAAAGAUCUUCUCUCUGAUCCAUCUAGAAUUUACAACGCGGAUGAGUCGGGGUUUUCGUUUUGUUUGAAGGGGAAUCAAGUCAUUGGCUACAAAGGGGCUCCAGUGAUUUAUCACUUUGGUAAUAGUGAUAAAUCUCAAUUGACUGUCAUGGCUGCGGUUAGCGCUACUGCCCACUAUGUUCCACCAAUGAUUAUAUUUCCGGGACAACGUUUUUCUUACGACCCACUCGAGGGUUUUCCAGAAGCAGCUAUUGGUAGGUCCGACAAUGGCUGGAUGGACACUGAGGUAUUUUGCAACUGGCUUUUGAAUGUCUUCAUUCCGGCAAUUAACGAACGUCGUAUCAAAAAGCCUGUAUUGCUACUUAUUGAUGGGCAUAAAACUCAUGUGACAAUGCAAGCAUCAGAUAUAUGUGUUGAAAAUGGGGUAGAACUAUAUUGUCUGUUAGAGCAUGCGUCCCAUGUCAUGCAGCCCCUUGACCUUCGCCUAUUUAGUCAAUUGAAACGUACGUGGAGGCAGGCUGUCCGUGACUGGCAGAGUGAGCAUAUUGGUGAAUUCGUUACCAAGAAAACUUUUGCCCGGGUGUUUAAGCAAGCCUGGGAGAAAAGUACGACAGUAGAAGUUGCUGUUAAAGGCUUCCAGGAAGCAGGUUUAUUUCCAUUGGACCAAAACGCUGUUCUCAGUUCUGUUAAACUUGAUCCGAGUAUGCUUUUUGGCCAGAACAGCUCAUCAGAAUCCAAAGACAUUCCGAAAGAAGCUGACAAACUUUCGCGCAGUGAGGAUGCUUCUGUUGAUGAUUUACUGAUAACUGAAAUAAUAUUUGUCUUGAAAUUCUUGCAGAUUUUGUUCAUUAUUAAAUGUAUGUACAAUUACAAUUUGGUUUUUUUAGACAAGGACCCUGAGAUCGCUACUAUUGCUAAGACGGUUGUUACUCCUGCAAAGGUACCUCAAACUUUAGAAAGUAGCAACCAACUCUCGCCGUUUAGCAAAUUUCUGAAAUUCCCUGAAUGUAAGCAAUCAAGUAGUAGAAAGCGACCUAGUCAGCCAUCAAGGCCAAAAGCCGUCACCGGGGCUAUGUACCGUGAAAUCCUUCAGAAAAAAUUAAAAGCAAAAGAAGAAUUUGAGCAGGCAAAGAAACAGCGUCAGAAAGAGAGAGAAAAGAAGCGUCAGAAAAGAGAGGAAGAGAAAGAAAGAAAAAAGAUUGAGCCCUAAGAGAAGCGAAAUAUGAAAAAGAUUGAAGAGCAGGAGAAAAAGGCAAGGAAGAGAGAAAUGAGAGAAAGGUUUUUGAAAAGUGUUGAGGAUGGAAGUAGUUCUGAUGAUGCGAUAGAUGUUGGUGUUGGAAAUUGUUAUGAGUGUGAGAUUUCCUACGAAAACGAAUAUUUGCAAUGUUCAAACUGCCUUGUCGUUUUCAUUUAGCGUGUGCCAAUCGUCAGAUUGAGGAAGGUAUUGAUGAUUUGCUUCCAUUUGAGUGCAAAUACUGUUAGAACAUAAAAUUGUAAUAAACACCUGAUAUCAUGUUGCAAAGGAAUUUUGCGAUUCUUUUUUUAAAAAAUGAUAAGUGUUCGGUAUUAGAUGC